AUGGAGAAAGUGCAGCAGCAACACUUGUGGAGGUCAGUGAAAUCACACUUAUCGUACAAGAAUGCAACUAUUCUGCUCUGCACUUUUAACAUAAUCACUGCCCUUCUCUUGCUUCAACCCUUCUUCUAUUCUCCGUCCUCCAGAUUAGCUUCCUCUCAGAGAGCUUUAUUCAGACAUAUAAAGGAAUGCGAAGACAUAAGACGGGCCAUGGUUCCUUUGGAUUUGAUCAAAAGAGUUAGAGAAAUUGAGAAGGACAUGCAUGUUGAGACAGAACAAGUUCAACAGAAAGAAAUAAAGCAGACAGCUGCAGUGGACUUAAUAUCUAGAUUGAAUAAUUUUCGUUCGAAUUCAGAUGCCGGAAGCACAAAAGCCCUUGAGGAAUGGCGCAAGCGGAAGAUGGAGAGAGCCAGGCAGCGCUUGGUGAAGAAUGGAGUGACCAGCUCUUAA